AAAGCUACAUAGUACCGUUCGAGUACAUUACCGCGAACUGAGGGUAGAAGAGGAGGAGGAAGUAAAAGAGGAGUCAAUUACACCAUGAUUUUUUUCUGUUCUUAAAGGGAGUGGUGUACAAAUUAAACGAAACCAAUAUUGGCAGAAGAAGCCUUUUGAUGUUCUUCUCAGUCCGGUUUGUACAGAAUGAAAUCUGCUGUGAAUACUCCUGCAAAGAAGCUGGUUUUCUCUUCCCCCGUCUGCAACAGAUAAAUGCGGUACUUACCAUAAUUGCUUAUAAUUAUAUUUUCUGUUCGGAUUUCCAGGCAUUGCACUGAAAAUGUAAGUGAAACAUGAAUCGAUUGAAGCAUCCUUACAGGAAAAUUAAGAGAUAAACGACCAUUUAACCUCGCGUGCUUUCGUAAAUGCUCGUGACACAUACGGAUUCCCGUUUAGGGGGGCAAAAAAGUUCCUGGUAAACACGCAUCUUUGCCACCUUAUGGAACUGACGAAAAACCGGAGAAAAUAAAAAAAUAUUUAUUUCUGUUCGGGCGGAAUGGACUGAUGAUCGGGAAAAUAAAAUGAAUUUUUCAGCAAGCGUUCUUAUCACCAUUCUAAUUAAAGACAUGCCGGGGUAAUCCACAAGGGACAGGUCCUUACGUCUGCGACGGAAUAAAAAGUAAGCUAACCCAAUAGACCUGAGACAAACUUCAUCAAGACACCUACUGGGAAAAAAAGAAAAAAAACUUUUCGGGGAGCUUUUAUCAAUUUCCACCCACUUUCGAGUCGAUUCAACAAGCCGAUGACAGCAAGUGCAUUCUAUAAAGAUAUAUAAGAAGCCGUCGGUCCUAGUGCUGUCGUGCAUUGAGGCUAUCUUGGAAAUACCUGCGGAUAAGGACGGGCUCCCACGACCGGACCGAUUUAGUCACUUUAACACUUAUAAUCCCUGAACGCGCUGAGAAUAAGGCUGCAACGAAGAGACACACAGGGUUAUAAGAAAGGACGUGGGUCAGCGAGGCUCUGAUUUCUCAGAUUUCAGUAGCGAUGAGUGCACUGCGUACACCUGUCUUUAUGGGACUCGUACUGUUGAUCUUCACUGCCGGAUACUGCAAGCAGAGUACUGGUCGCAUAGACGCCAAGGACGACGUAAGCUUAUUUCAUAUGAUAAUGGACAGAGUAACGCAAAUGAAGGAGAGGCAGGCGGAGGACAGCCCCAAGUCACAAUACUCCACGAAAAGACCUGACCAUUCAAUUGAUGCAAGGGAUAUACAAGAUUACAAAACGAAUCAUAAUGCUCAAAGUGUUGAGGUCUUUCCUAGGGAUCUAAGGCAGAAGGAAAAGUUUUUAAAACACUUAACCGGGCCCCUCUACUUUAGUCCAAGGUGUAGUAAACACUUUUACAGGCUAUAUCAUACGACCAGGGACUGUACAGUACCAGCAUAUUACAAAAGAUGUGCAAGACUACUCACGAGCCUAGCGGGAAGUCAGAGAUGUAUGGAUGGUUAAAUCUGGCAAUUUUAACCACACAGACACAGAGAACCAAGAAUGUGCCUUGGACAACAACAGGGAAAAUUUAUUUCAAAAUAUUAAUAUUUCUCAUCCAUCGUUACCAACAAAAAUAUAUAUUUUUGCAAUGGAAAGAACUAUGUGGACAG